UUUCUAGCUUGCUACAUUUAAAUAGUGAUCUGUGGUUAUUUCUCAUUAAAAUUUACGCGAUACAAAUUUUUACUGAUGUAAAAUGUGUUUUUAUAAUAAAAUAUAGUUCAGCACUAGUGUUUAUGUGAUAAUGAACAGUCGAAUAUUAAACACAAUUGCAAAUGCUAUUGACAGUAAAGAAGAAGUAAAAAAAAGAAAAGAUGUUGGAAAAAUAAUCUUGCAAGAUCUACUUUCUUGCAUACAAAAUUGCCAGAAUAGAUUUGGUGGGAAAUCAGAAUUAGCCACUGAAGAUGAUAUAAGAAUAGCACAACUGUGUGAAAAAUGGGAAAAAGUUUUGAGCCAUGGCAUUAGAACCAAUUUAUCAACGUCAGCAUUACAAAAUUUGGUGGCUGCCGGCUUAAACUUUACAUUCAAUAUCGUUAAUAUAGGAAACUCACUAUGGAGCUAUACUUGUUUACAUCUUACAAAACACGAAAAAGAAAGAUUUAAGAUCCUUUCAAAUAUCAACACCCCACUUGGAUACUUCAGAGCAUUCCUCCGAGCUACAUUGAAUGAGAGGUCAUUAGAGAGGUAUCUCCAAAGUUGGGUUUCCCACGGUCUUCUCAUGGAGUAUUAUGAAGACGGGGCUCUAGUGAGAGACGCAGAAGCCUCAAACCUUCUUCCAAACAUGGCAGCUGGCUUAUCUUCCACACUAUUCGCGUUAUCAAUCGACAGAGGUGAAUUGAAUGAGUCACAGCAACCGAAUCAAAUUAGCAAAGCUGAACAUGUUAUACCUCUUCCUGUCCCUGUGAAAACUAGUAACAUGAAACGGAAACCAUUGCGCCAAGUUAUAUCGUUUGACAAAACUGAACAAAAGAAUCACGCCAAAGACAAAAGACAAUCGCUACGGUCCAUAGACCAAACUGAUACGGACGUGUGGAAGAGUGCACCAGCCACUUGUCUGAAUUCACCAGAUCCAAAAGAGACUGCUCACAUUACAUCGAGUAGUGAACCGACCAGUUCCGAAUGUAAAACUGGCAUAAGACACUUUUUCCCCGACAGUGUCAAAGGGAUAGACAGUCCAUCACAAAUACUCUCCAAACUCUCAGAAUGUGCAAAAGAAAUAUUCACCUCCUCCAACAGUAUUGAAACGAACCAUGUAGUUAAGGAUGACCUAUCCGAAUUAAGUAUUAACAAUUUGAAAAUAUCUGAGAGUGACAGUGAGGAAGUGGCUGGCAGCAUCGAUGGCAGUACUUCAUGCUUAGAGCUUUGCUUUACCGAAGACGAGAGUGUUCCCGAUGAGAAGAUGCUGAGUUCAAUUUUAGAAAAUAGGGAGAAAGAAUAUUUGGAUUUGCAGAUUAAAUAUAAUCAAAUAGAGUUAAGUAGUAAGGAAAAGAUACACAAGUUGGAGAAAGUAAUAUUAGAUCUUAGCAAAGAAAACGAUAGGCUAAAAAAUCAAUUACGGAAGUAUAUGUCGGCCGUUGAAAUGGGCAAGGCUUUAAAAACUGAAGGAUGUGACAAUGAAGAAGUUAGUCAAUACGAGAGAAAGUUGGUUCAGGUUGCUGAAAUGCACGCAGAGCUCAUGGAGUUUAACCAACACUUACAGAGGAGAGUACAAGAAUUAGAGAGCACGACGCUAAUGGAAAUUUUAGACUGUCCCGAAUCUAAUGUCAAAGUUCACAUUCCGACGGCAUUCCUUGUGGGAAAGAAAUCUCAUUCAUAUCACGUUUACCAGAUAUUCCUUAAAGUCGCCCAAGAAGAAUGGAACGUGUACCACAGAUACGCGAAAUUCCACGAGUUGCAUACGCAGUUGAAGAAAUGUCACCCAGACAUUGCAUGUUAUAAAUUUCCACCAAAGAAAACUUUAAGGAAGAGGGACGCGCGCCUAGUGGAACAACGUCGUGUCGCCCUUCAAGCGUAUCUUCGGCACGUUGUGCUUGUAUUGCCCGAACUUCGAGACUGUACAUCGCGCGCUCAACUCAUCACCCUCCUGCCAUUCCUCGGCACAUCAUCGACAUCAAAAGAAAAUGGAUUAAAUCAUUCCCUAAAUCGACAGCAGUCCAUCGAUUCCGUAUCGACUUACGACGGACUUUGAUUGAAAAGUGAAAUUGUUUACUUUAUACGAAAAUGCAAUACAUGACUAGCAUAAGAUUAUCCAUAAGUAUCUAAAUGAAAAAUAGUACAGAUUUUAUAGUUAUUCUCAGGCAGGGCAGGCGGGGCUGCAGCCCAGUGGGUUAUCCUGAGAACAGGACCGGAUAU